CACACUUUAGUUGCCAAACCGAGCACAGCAUGGAGGAAGCUGUUGCUGAAGAGCGCCCGCGGCGCGGCGCGUCUCGCUCUGCACGCUCAGUAGCCAAACCGUCGAGACGCGAGCUGUCUAAUCCGUUACAUGACGGUGGAUCGUCAGCCGACGAAGAAGAGGAGGAGGAGGAAGAGGAGGAGGAAGAGAUCGAAGAAGAAGAAGACGAGCCCGUUGACGAGGCCGACGAGGCGGAGCUAGACGCCAUCGAUGCCGCGUAUCGUAUCUCACCCACCGCACGGGAAUUACAUACACUGGAGAAGGGAACGCUUGUGCGUAUACUGAAGACGCCUGACGUGGAGCAGCGUGUACCCCACACAUUGCACAAGGUGGGCGUGGUGGAGGAGGCCCCGAUGCAUCCCAACACGUGGUUCAAGGUGCGUAUCCGAGACGGAGACGUAGUCUACAAGUACAGGCCAUCGGCGCUCGAAGUUCUGGAGGACGGAGACGACGUCAGCAGUCCUGGGGUCUCUCCUGUGGUGCAUCAGGAAGAUAUCGGUCAUAAUGACGACGCAGAAGAUGAAGAGGAAGAAGAACACAAAGAAGAGAACGAAGAUGACCGUCUGGAGCCUGGGACCAGAGUGGCCGUGAAGCUGGAUGCUCUAAAUGCUGCGGAGAAGCGCUAUCUGAAGAACUAUGACGGUAAAGAGGGCGUGGUCACUGGACAUGAGAAGAGGAAAGUCAAUGUGCAGCUGGAUGGAGAAGAAGACAUCACAUUAACGCUGCGUCAGAAGCACCUAGUGAUAGUCCCAGAUGAGCAGGAAGACGAGGAGGAGGAAGAAGAAGAGCAGGUCGAAGAAGAGAAGAAGCCUGUUGUGACGUAUAAGAAGCGACGCGGCAAGGGAAAGCUACUGUCCACGCUGGACCCGGAUAUGUGGAUCGACCGUAAGUGCCGCAUCAAUGUCGGCAAGUUCAAAGGCCAGCAUGGUCGCGUACUACGCUCGGGGAACGGCUGGGUGCAGCUGAAGCUCGAAAAUUCGAGCGAGAACACUGCCAAGCGUGCAUACGAACUCACUCUUCUUGAGGAUAUGGAGACUAUUAAGAAACUGCAUGCUAAGAGUCUCGAGAAGGAGCGAAAACGUCGCGCAGAGAGCCGAGCCAACGGGACUAACGCAGACGAUGGGGACGACGAGGAUGACGAAGAUGAAGCUAGUCAGAGCGGUACGGACGACUUGUUGGCUGCAGAACAGAGUGAUGACUCUCAAGGCGAAGACAACGGCAAACGCUCGCGUCGUGUGUCAACUCGUGGAAACUACGGCAUCUCGUGGAUCGAGAAGAAGGUGAAUCUGCCGAAUCGCAAGGGCUUCGGUAUUGUCAAGAGGGCAGAUCGUGAUACUUGUACUGUGGAAAUCCAGACCACCAAGGUGCUGCAAGUGUUCAAGAAGAAGGACCUUCAACUUGCAGCUGACGGCCACGCGAAAACUGCUCGACAGAACAGCCGCAAUCGCAAUAAUGCCAAGGCUCGAGAGAAACUUGGUCUUGGAGAGGAUGUGGUGCUAAUGGGUACGACGCCGUCACGUUACAUUGCGUUCCAGGACCUGGUAAAGCGGUUUGCCAUGCGUCGACGUGAAAAGCUCAAGAAGCGCCCCAACCUCAUUGAGUGGGAAGCUCGACUGAACUUGAAUUACCUGGAGAACGGGUUCUGGGAUAAAAGCGAUCCCUCGGUGGUUGAUCUUGUUGCGGUUCCUCAGUGCGAGAUUUGUGGCGUGGAGAAAGAGGAUGUGGACGGUCACUGCUGGAACAACGAGUGUCCGAGAAGUCCUGCUUUCGAUGUGGAUUCGUUUGAUCCGAAGGACGAAAAUGCUCUCGUGCGGGUUCCAGCCGCGCCGUUCACCAACAACAGUAUUACCAGUGCAUUGUGCCUCCAAAAGGAGGACUUGUCGCGAAAGCGCAAACGUCGAUCUCUGGAUGCUACUGGAAAAAGCCAACCUGAAGUUGAACAAUUGACCUCCCCCACGUCGGAGUCCAGGAAGGGCAAGAGAGAGGCCGCCAAGUCGAAGAAGACUGACAAGGAGGCUGGGAAGAAAUCCGGGAAAGCUACCACCGAUGAAGGUGACUCGAAGAGGAGCAAAACACCGAAGAAACCGAAGCCAGAGACGAGCGCCGGCUCCACUGAAGCUGCCGAGUCUGGAGAAUCGUCACCAACAAGUGCGUUCCGUCCUCACUACGACAGUGUCUUCUCCCGGUAGAACAGAAUGUUGGACAUGCCCCGCUGGUACGUUCCGUCUAUCGGAGCUCGAAAUAGUCUCAAGCUGACAAUUGAAGUCUAUGCAUAUUUCAUGUUCUGGUAAUUCUUUCUCCCAUUGUUUUGUGAUUAUAUUAUUACUGAUGUCCCCCCUUGAGCUCUUAUCCCCGAAUUAGAGUGGGCAAAG